GGCGGCCAAGCCAAGAUGGAUGCUUGCUUGCGCUCUCUCGCGUCUAGUGCACGUUACGCGUAGGUGUACGAGUGCGAUGGGCCGGCGAUAGAGUACGAGACAACGAAAGAAUCACUGGAGUCGUACGAGUGUGACGAGUCGGCCGUUAAGUGCGAGCUGCUCGCGCUGGCAUGUCGACGAGGUGUAGAGCUGCUGAUCGUCGGUGAUAUGCGCGAGGAGCAACACCAGCGCACCGGCUGCCUCCAGGAUGGUCGAUAACAAUUGCAUUAUCGAGGGGAACGUCAAGUUUCGCGAUGGCAAGAAGUGGAAGUCGCGAUGGUGCGUCAUGCGGAAGCUGUCCCCGGUCGCAGAUUGCCUGCAUCUGCAGCUGUACGGGGACAGCAAGGAGCGCUACAAGCAGGGCCAGACCAAGGCGUCGCUGAGCCUGCAGCACUUCCUCGGCGUGCAGAGCGGCUUCACCCUCGACAAGGAGUCCAACACCAUCGCCAUUGUCUGCCAGGACGUGACCGUCGUGCUGGCGUUCGACACGCGCGAGCGGCUCAUACAGUGGCAGGUCAAAAUAUCCAACAACCUGGGCGAAGAUCAACAGUUCCUAGUGCUCAUCUCGAGCGCGCCCGCCAAGGCGAAGCUGAGCAGCGGACCGGCCCAGCUGCACGUGCAGGAGCACCGGUUCUGCAUGACCGUGGGCGUGCCGCCCAGGCUGGUGGGCACCUGGGAGAUCGGCCAGCUGCGGCGCUACGGCGUGGUCGAGGGCCGCUUCUGCUUCGAGGGCGGCUCCAGGUGCGGCCGCGGCGAGGGCCUGCACGUGCUCGUCACGGACCAGGGCGACGAGAUCGCGCGCGCGCUCCAGCUGGCGGCCGAGGGCCGGCUGUCCGCGCGCAAGCGGGGCGCGCAGGCGGCGGCCCAGGACAGCCCGCGCCGGCAGUUCUCCAGGUCGGAGACGCGCGCCAGCGACUUCUUCCCGGGCGCCUCGCUCGGCAGCGCCUACGCCAGCAGCAGCAUCGUGUCGUUCGACGACCAGUGCGACGGCUUCAAGACCGACGGCGCCUCCUCCUACUGGUCCUCGGCGGAGAGCCGCCAGGACGCCGAGUGCGAGCUCGACUACGGCGCCUCGCUCGCCUCCGAGCUGGCCGACCAGGCGAGCGUCGCCACCGCCGGCGCCGCCGACUGGCGCGGCUCCCGGCAGCACUCGGCCGCCCCGUGCCUGGAGCGCUGCGCCAGCUGCAUCGGCAAGCUGGGCACCAUCUCCAAGUCGUCGACCUGCGCCACGAACGUGGCCAGCCCCGCGCCGGCCGUCGCCGGCCUGGCCCACCUGCAGCCCCGGGCCUUCGACCGGCUGUCGCUCUCGUCCUACAGCAGCAGCAGCCACGACAGCGACUACCAGCAGAGCGAGUGCCGCUGCUCGCCCCAGCCGCAGACGGCGCCGGGCGUGCACAGGCACUCGCCGAGCCCGCUGGCGCUGCCGCUCAGACCGCCCAAACCGUCCGUCGCUCCCAAGAAGGCCAAGAAGCCGCCCAUGCCCCUGCCGCCCGAGCAGGCCUGCUCGUGCGCCUGGAAGCACGCCGCUCCCGCUCGCCAUGGUGCAGUCACAGCAGCAGCGGCGGCGGCAGCAGCUGCAGCAGCAGCAGUAGCAGCAGCGCCGGCAGCGGCAGGCCCGUACGAGAACUACGACGUGCCAAAGACGAUCCCGGUGGCGGCUGCGUCGACGCUAGCGGCGGCGCCGGAUCAGCCAAGUCCCCAAGCCGAUCAGUACUACGACACCCCGCGCAAGUUGAAGGAGUGCCUGGCGACGCAGCCCAAGGCCUACCCCAACUACGACAUGCCGCAGGCCCCUCAAGCGGUCGUACUGCAGCAGUGCGGCUGCCCCGCUAAACUGACGCUCCAGGCAGCCAACAACGCUCCCAAGAGCAUUGCCUGCCCCUGUCGCAACGUCAUGAGCUGGGCUGGUUUCGUGUUACCCUACUGUCGGAGGGGUGCCGGCAUCGAACCCACGGGCCUGGCCGUUCAACCCGUGCGGCUGAGCGGCGAGGGCAAGAUGCCGGUGGUCAAUGCCAGUGGGCAGCUGGCCAUUUACAACGGUUCGCCGACCACCGGCGUUGCCACCACCGCCACCGCCACCACCACCGCCACCACUAGUCACGACUGCCCCGUGCACGCGAGCAAUCUCGAGACCGACGCCAAAGCCAACUACGAGAACGUCGAGCCUGCGAUCAUCGAUACUCAGCCGGAGGCGCAGCAACAGCUUGCCAAUUACGCCAACAUCGAGUUCACCGAGUCCCUGGGCAAUUACGAGAACAGCAAGGAACUGCUCGCCAAGGUUGCACUCAACUCGCAAGAGGAGACCGAUCGAUUCGCCAAGGAUCAAGUGCCCGAUCCCGCGGUAACGCGCGCUAGCUGCGUCGAUGACGCCGACGCCAUCAACGAGGAACAGCUCUGCCGCAAGUGUGGCCACCUCAAGGGACUUAACUGCCAAGAUUAUCUGGUCGUCGAUGAGAAGCCGGGCUCCCCGAAAAAUAGCGUGCCAGGCUACAUACCCAUGCAGCCGCUGCACAACACCUGCUCUAAGGAGGUGCUAUCGAGGCUCUGCAGCGGAGUCAAGAGCUCGAGCAAUCCCGCGCUCUCGGCGCCGCUCGAGGUCAACAAAAAGAGGUCGGAGUCCGAGUAUCGCGUUCCCGGUUCGGCGAUGCUCUCUAGUCCCUACUUUCGACGUCGUCUUCUCGAGAUGUCCAACUCUGAGGCCAGCGGCAGUUUGGGCAUGCUACUUAAGAAGAGGUCGUACUCGGCCGAGUCAGCGCAUUGCCUGGACGACGAGAAAAGUGCCAACAGUUUCACUACCAGUGCGGCGAUACAUAAGUGUCCCAGCGAGACGGACAAGCCCUCGACGAGCAACGACGCCGUAGACUCGGAGAACUACAGUCCCGACGCGGUGUCGCUAUCGCCGCAGCCACUGGCUGCUAUCAAAAUACGACGGUCUUCUUCGGUGCCAUCCAAGACUGGCCACAAUCGCGAUUCCUCAAGCAGUAACGACUCCGGUGUCUCAACGGGAUCGCUCAGUCACCAAACUGCCGAGUUCGUCGAGUUCGAGUUCCCGACGACUCCUGCCAAUACGCUGCUGAAGAAGCAGAGCGUACCGCUGAUGUACCAGAAGAGUCAACCACCGGCGUGUUUUCACAGUAGUCUACCGAGAAAAUCAAAGUCCAGUGAUCCACUGAAAGAAAUAACCUUCCAGUUUCACAAAGCCAAACUGCCAUCAAAGUCGUCGUCCGCUGAGGCUGAUAUACCCACGUGUUUGCCUCACAAGGGAUCCAAGGAAUUCAGCAGUCCCAGUGAUGUACCAAGCGUACCCUGUAUCGAUUCUCGAAGUACAAGUAGUGGAACGUCAGAUAUGUCUGACUACAUAGAAACUCUGUCUCUCUCUUCUCACUCAUCUUCGGACGCUCCUGAUAAUCUUCGAAUCGGCGGUAGAGCUGUAGCGACAACUCUGCGACCGCGUAGCGGUAAAGAGUAUUACAAAAUUGAUCGAAGUAUUCUGGUAGAACAGGGUAGAAGCGUAAGUACCUCGUCGAAUUAUGCCAACGUAACUCCAUUUACAAGAAAAGAGAAUCAUCGUCAUCCAGUGACAUGAGAGGCAAGGCUGUGCAGGUACUCAAAAUCGCAAGUUCGACUCGAAUCGUCGGGCUUGGCAGAACGAAAUACUCGGGCUACUCGAAACUUUUCGAGUACUCCAAGUAUUUUCGGACAAUUCUAAUGCUAAUUAGGGUUGUCUGAAAAGUCAGCCCCUCCCCUUCCCUCUCCCCAUCUCUUUCUCUCCAACUAAAUCACCUUUAAACGCUCUGUAUGAAUACACUUCUGCUAUUUCCUACUAAAUUCAAAGGCUCUAUUAUCUUGAAGCACAAAAAUUUAACGAGUUUUCCCAAGCCCGACUUGAUCUUCGAGACUCCGAAUUUUUGGCUAGCUGCAUAGCUCUGCCAACGCGGUAGGGCCAAGAGAUUUAUCUGAUAGAUUAAAGACAUCGAAGUUUCUACCUAAAAGCUUGCAAACAACGUCGUUGUACAAGUUCGAGAUAUUGACUAUUUUAGAAUUAUGUUUACGUACGAUUGUAGUGCUUAGACAACAUAAGAAUUUACGUAUCUUUGUGAAAGAGGGUUUUAAAUUUUCGAUUUCUCAAGCAUACAAUACAAUGUCCAGGCACGAUUUUUUUACGUGCCGAGAAAUAAAAGACUUUCGCAUAGGCCAUCGAAUCAAAACAAAGUAAUUGAUGAAUUCCUAUUUUCGUCUUCAAUCGCGCGUACGCCUUUCUUUGAAAAUCAAACGAGCCAAUAAGACUUUACUCGAUUAACGCUUACAUGCGUGAUGUCGAAGCACGUUUUAAAAAGACUUGUACAAAAUUCAAACUACUACUGUAACAGCUCUAUUCAUAGUUUUUUAUAAAGGCUGAACUUACGUUGGCUAUCAAAUGCACAAACUAUCUUACAUUUCCAGUGAAAAGAAAAGACUUGAAUGAAUUCAAUCAAUAGUAUAAAUGAAGCAAAAAAUCUUUUAAUAAUUGUAUUUUUUUGACUGAAAAGAAACAUAAGAAACAAUCUAUUAAAACGCAUAAAGAAUUUUCUUACGGUGCAUCGACGGUCUAGUGUAAAUGGGCACCUUGAAAGACACAGGAUGCAUUCAAAUUUAAUUAGCGUACACGUACACAGUAGCACAAAGUAUAAGAUAAUAAAGCUAUAUAAGUACAGGGAGUAAUAAAGUUUCUUGAGCGACAGAUGAAAGGUUAUAGCGACGAGCGCAAACACAUUGUUCUGUUUGCGUGUAAAGAAAAAAAGAAUGCCUGGCUGUUUACCUUCCGUUUUUCCGUUGAAUAACAUGGGCCUAACAUAUAUCGAUGCGAACCCACGCAAGACUUUCCCCUCCUCUAUCAUCUGUCACGAUUUCUGACUGACUCACUUUCAGUCUGUUAUUGCCACGAGUAUGCGGGUGACUUCCGAUACACUCGCGUAUCGAAUCUUGAUGAUGCGUGCGCAAGAGUGUUGUGUUUGUAGCAUCCUGCCAAUGUAGCCCCGCGUAAGCCAUCGAUCUACGCGCAGCCAGCCGCUGGCAAAAAGAAACUAGACUGAGAGGGACGACGGUGAGCUGUACCUUGUAAUUGAAACUAGAAAGUGUUCACGAGUGGGUUGCGACUACUCGAUCGGUUAUCCGCAACUUGCUCAACCCGGGAGAGUCGUACAUGUCGAGCUUGCGCGUGCUCGAGCUUCGCAUUCGAGUCACGUCCGGUGAUUUUUGGGCUGUUUGAAUUCGUCGAAAUGAGUAAUCGAUUUCUUUUGAUUUUGCUUCUUACGUGUGCACAGUUGUUUCGGAGCAAUCACCAUUUGGAUAGUCCGAAAAUGAUCGAGCUCAUCAGCAAUAUUUUAAGACCUCUGGGGGCUUUGUUACUUAAAGCGCAAGUUAUAUAGUACUUCCUAUGCAAUUCUCCGAAGGCUUCGACUGCCAAUGAUUUCUCGUUUUACAUUCUUGUUUAUCGACCGUGCAUCACUCAUGAUUUUUACAUUGAUCACACAUCACAUUCAUCGGCUGUGCCAAGCUUACAAAUGAGCAAACUUUAUACAAUCCACGUACCUGUACGUGAAUACGACAGGCAUUAUUCUUUCACACAGCGUACCCGCGCAUGUUUGUACUUAAUUUUCUUUAUUUAGUUAGCAAGAUCGCCAAGUGUUGUUUUCUUUAAUUUUUUGUUUUGCCCUUUUUGUUUAUUUAGAUUUAGAUUUCGAUUACAGCGGAUCUAAAGCCCCUUUAUCGCGUUAUUUAUGUAUACAAAUACUUUCUUGAGAAAGUAAAACUAUGCUAAUCAUAUUAGCGCAUCAUUUCACGCCUAAGGCUAUAUACUAGUACUUUAUUUCACUUCAAUUAUCUCUUCAAUAUAUUUGACAUACUUUAUUCCUGUGGGUGACCCCAGUUAGAAUGAAGAUUCUAAUGGCUACAGUUAUUCUUCUAUCUACAGUUUCAGUUUAAUAGGUUGUCUUUGCAAUGCAACAAGUUAGAUGAGUGUACCUGAACUGCAUGAAUAUAUUGCAACGUACAAUUAUUUGCAAAUGUAACACAGGCUUUAUUCACUGCGUAGUUCCAUAGAGCGAAGUAAAAGAGAAAGUGCAAACCAUUUACUUUUGCAAUGGUACGCUUAUGAAUUAUUUUUCUGAAUGGUUUUCUAAAAAAUUCUAAUUGACCUUUCGUUCGUUCCGUUUAGCGGGUCCUUUUCAGUAGCAAUUCAUUACGAGAGCUUUCGUAGCUGAUCUCUUGAAAAAUUAACGAACCAUUUCUUCUAUUAUUGAAAGCAGCACAGUCUCCUUACUUUCGUGCUUCUCUGGCGCGAAGAGAGCAAGUAAAAAGAGAGAAAAACGAGAGAAACGAGAGAGGCAGCGUGAUAGAACUGAGCAAGGUGCCAAAGAACCUCUCUUCGUAAGUUGAGAAAGUCUCUAGAUUCCACGAAUUCAUCUCACUUUGAAUAAAACUUUCUUUGUGAUUAGCGCUUGGCAUUUUUGUAGUUCGACUACAGCGAGACGUCAUUGUUUUAUAUUACUCUUUGCUUGUAAUUACGAAAUACAGAUUUUUCGUUUAUCUAGACUACGGUUUACUUUAUACAUACGCUUUCCUCGUCGUAUUUGCAUCGAAAUAGAUAUGUUCAAAAUGCGGACUAAUCGUGACAAUAGAUUUAAUUUUGCGUUGAAUUUUUCUAUUCGUAAAAAUGCAUUGUACAUACGUAUCAUUUUCUCAAAGCAGGUCGAUGAAUAUUUAGCAUUCGUUGCACGCAGCAGCAGCAGGGUCAAUUAUAGUUUUUCAAAAAGAGAGAUUACGGUAAAGAUAGAGAGACAUUCCAGGUUAUGCUUGGAAAGUGGAAGGCCUAAUUAUAAAGCAAUCACGUCGUUAUAGCACCGAUCGAUUAUUUCCUUGCGUGGUAAAUGAUCUAUACAUACCAAACGUUAUUAUAUCAAUUAUUUUCAAUGUGAGAAAACUGACAUAUUGGUUUCGUCAAUUUGAUUCCGACGUAUAAGACAAAGCACUGCUAAUUUCUGUUCAUAUAAUCGAAUAAAUUAUAUCUUUUUUUGUUUAAUAAUUUUGCAGCUCGUUCAUUGAUGCGCGUUGCUAGAAUCAGACUAAACGAAUCAAAAACAUGUCCAAAUCAAAUAUCAGAAUCAUAAUGCAGUAUUCUACAUUAAUGCGUUCUUAAAAUUAAGAUUCUUAAUUGUAAGACAAACAACUGAUCAAUCGUAAGUAGGCAUUUAAUAAAAAGUAGUAUAUUUAGGGAUGCUGAGAUGGGAUAUUGUGUAAAUGUGAUUAGGGUUGUGUCAUUUAUUUGCGCUUACCAUCAUUUUAAAACUUAUACAAUCUUGUAUGUAAAUGGAGUAUGUUACGUGCGUGCGUCGUCUAUUUGGUUAGAAAUGAGGCAUUGAUUUAAACGAUAGUAGAUACUUUGUGUAUGUAUUUUGUAUCGAGAAAAUCGUAUUUUUUUCUCACUAAAAACUAUUAGAAUUGGCUGUAUUCGUCAUUAAUAAGUAAGCCAGAAAGCGUACGGACUUGAAAAGAGUAUUACGUAGGUAAUAGAAUAUUACUGUAAGAGAAAAAAAUUGCACCAAUGUUUCGUAUUUCGCGUUACGUUCUCGUUUUACGUAGCGUAACUCUAAAUUUUUUAAACUUUUUCAUCGUAAAUGUCGUACCGAUGUCUUUUGGAUAAUCAUAGAACUCAAAAAAAAAAAACAACUAACGUUAUCGAUCUCUUACAAAUCGAUAGUCCUGACAAGUCUGUUUGAAAAAUGGAGCUUACUUGUAACGGGCCGAGAGGCACAGCGCGACUUAUCAAGAAACAAGCAGCAUAUGAGAAUAUUCGAAAAAAAAUGAAACCGAAGCCAAACGAUGUACUUACUAUCAAUCAAGAUUUUAUAGAAAAGAGACACGAGCUGGUAAUUUUAUUAUAACGUAUUAUUUAGUUGAAGUGAAUAAAAGAUUAAAAGAAAAGCGAUAAGCUUUAAUGCAAAUAAAACUGAUUUACUAUUGUAAGUUUUUCUAUAAGAAAUAAGAGCGAGCGGGUGAUUAAAUUAUAAUAUAUAUCAUGUAACAUAUAUUCUAAGUAAUUUAAAGAAUCAUACGCAAAUUGUAGUGUCGAAGUCUCACUAGAGAGGUAGAGAAAAUAAAAGUUUUGAAAAUUAU